AUGAAAAUAAUUGAUGAUAUCAAAUAGUAAGUAGAGAAGGAAAUGAAAAAGUUUGAUCCUAGAUUGGCAGAAAAGAAGUAUAUGAAGAUUACUUAAUCAAUUAAGGAUUUGUUUCUUAAGGCAGUUGUUAGUGAAAAAUAAACCAUUAAAGCUGCUGCCCACUCUAUUGGUAUCAAUUACUCUUCAGCCAAAGCCAUAUGGGCUGAAUUCAGAGCCAAACAAAAAAUGAAGAAGAACAAAAAGGUUGAUGGACAUGACAAGCAAGCCUCCAGAGAAGUUGUGAAAAGAUGUCAAUACAAAAUACUAAAUGGGUGUAAUAAGAUUAAGAAAUUAUUCAUGGAAAUCAAAUCUUCUGUUGCAUAGCGUUUGAAUUCUACAUACAUGAUUUCCUUGGAGCAGCAUAUAUGA